AUGGAACAGAGGGCUUCAAAUUACCACUACACUGGAUAUGUAGAAGAGUCUUCAAAUAGUAAUGCAUCGCAAAGAGACCAGCCUACCAGCAGUGAUCCAGGCAGAUUUCAUGAGGAGCAACAUUACAAUGGAGCUUCUUCAUCCAAGAAUGUAUAUAGAGGACCUGAUAGACCAACACAGGAUUUUCAUGGACAGAACAAACCAUCUUUAGAAAAACGUGAUAAAAAUUUAGGAGACAAGAAAUUCAGAGAGUUUGAGAAUAGGAACUUAGGGUAUUACAAUCAAUAUGAAGAGCAGACAGCUGUUUCAGAGGCUUCUUCAAACAACCCAUACGAUACCUCUGUUCAAAUCUCUCACAGACAAGCUCGUCCACGUACACCUUCAAGGGCACACUCCCCUGAAGAAAUCAGAAGAAACGAUGAGCUCCUCAGCCUUCUUAUAGGCGGAAAGGAAGAGACUAAGGCUGAAAAGAGAGAGCGUCAAAGGAUGUACAGAGAGGCUCUUGAGAACCAAAAGAAGUUAAAUGAAUUCUACACCAAGAACCUUAAUCCUGAAGUUAUUGAGCAUAAAUACUCUAAAUCUCCACCAAGGUUUAGUGGUAAAAACAGACAGCAUUCUCCUUCAUCCCCUCUAUCAAACUCAUUUGACUCGGAAACGGAAAAAAUGAUUGAGCAAGAAGAGCUAGAGAAGAAGAGGCAGUAUCAAGAGAUCCUCCAUUACCAGAUGAGGGAAAAGGAGCUGAAAUAAACAACUUCAGAGAAAAGAAAGUAUCGCACAGAACAUCUUCGCUCGAGAUGAAAACCAAGAAGAAAGAGAAAAAUUAGCUAAGCAAAAUCAACUCAGAAGGGAACUAGAGGAACAAAUUCAAGAAAAACAGAGAUUAGGAGAACUAGAGAAACAGAAAUAAGCAGAAAUAUGAUCUACAACUUGAUACAGCCAUUGAGAAUAUGAACAAAAGAAUGUGGGAUCAAGAAAAGACAGAGUCACAAAGAGAAAAAGAGAAAGAUCAGUACAAAGAUGAGCUCCAGAACCAGAUUAAGGAGAAGCAAAUGAAAGAAGACUUUGAAGAACAACAAAAGAAAAUGAAGGAAAUUGAAGAUGAAAAGAGAGUCAAAAGAGAAGUUUUCGAGCUGAAUAACCAAUUCAGAAUUGAAAAUGGAGAUGAACCACUUCCACUUCCUCCUGAGUUGACACCAUCUAACAUCCCUCAUGACUUUGAUGACCAGAAAAGCUUAGCUCCCAGCAUGGCUCCAAGUGUUCCUCCAGAAAUGACCAGGAAUCCCUCUCCAACAGCUCAACAGAACCGAUUCACACCUCAAAUUCCCCCUCUUGCAUCAGCUAAUCCUGAAAUUCCUUCUUCUAACCCAACAAAUGCCCCUCAAAUGACCUACCCACCUUACCAACCCUCCCAAAGCCCGCUUCCUCAGGCCCAUUACGAGCAUCCUUACUACCCAGUACAAGCACCGCCACCUGGCCUGAUAGAUAUGCCUCCUCGGCCUGCUCCUGCAGACCAGAACCUUGAGGCUCUUUACCCUGAACUCCAAGAGCUCCGUGACCGCCAAAAAGAUCUCAUUGGCAGCUACAUGGGAGAGAUCCAGCUUCUCAAAAAGCAGAAGGAAGGCCUCAUCCAGGACAUGAUUUCUAAUAAAUAAAGAUCAAAUGGAAGAAGACCAUAAGUUGUUCCAGCAAAAGCUGGAACAACUAAAGGGCUCCAUGCUUGAGAAUUAUGAAGCUCCCAAGCCUACUCCAGUCAUGGCGAAAGGGAAUGAGAUCUUAGCAGAGCUCGAUAGGAUGAAGGAGAGAUUACAGAAGGGAAAAAGCUCUAAGCCAAGCCAGCAUCCUUCAGAAAGAACUAUGAAUAAUAUCAUGAUCCAAAACCCACUUGCAGAUGGAGACAAUAUUAAUAUAGAUAAUUACUCUCCAGAGAAAAGAUCUUUCCAAACUAGUAUGGAUAAGUCUUUACCUGGUAUAACUGCUCUUAAGACAGGCCCUAAUGCAAGUCAAAAUUACAGCCCUGAGAAGCCUAGUAAGAAUACUAACCCAAGUAUUCUUAAGCCAGAUAAUGUAGAAAUUAACAUGGGUUCACCUACUAUUCCUUCCAAGAAGAAAACUACGAUGAAAAGCGAGAAACCAAGAACUAAGAAGAGAAUUAUCAAGAAGAAAGAUAAGCCAUCAAAAGCUAAAACUAUCAGGCUGAAGGUCCCUCUGAAGAACUCAGAUAAUAAUGAUGAGUCAUUAGAGUCUCAGAAAGUAGAUGAAUCGAUUCAGAAAGAACUCCCAAGGGCUAUGAUCCAGGCUCAAAACAACCUUGCGGAGGAAUCUUCUGCUUCAAAUGCAACACAAGAAAUAAGGCAAGAUGACCCUGAAGAUGAGGAGGACGAAGGCGAAGAAAUGUACACAAAUGAAGAAUUAGCAGAAAGUGAUCUUCCUAAUCCAAUCCCUCAAGACCAAGAAGAGCUUCUGCCUCGAGAAGAAACCAAAAAUGAUCCUCAAGAAGCCCCUAUCGAUGAACUUCUCGAAGAGGAUGAGCCUGAAGAGCCUUUACUUGAUGGAGAAAGGCCAGGAAGCCCCAUAAUUCCUGCUUUGAGAAAGAAGUUAGUACAUUCUCAGACAAUUAGGGAGAUGAAAGAAAAGUCUAGGAUGGAUCGCAAGAGUAAACCUUACCGCUCAGUCACCCAAAUCGGCCAGGGUGAAGAUAAACUAGAUGAGCCCUCUGUUAUACCUGAACACCUUAGAAACAAAAGCGUGACUGGUCUAGGCAUAGACGAUGAUAGAUCAGUUGCUGUUCCAAUGGAGGUAGAUCAGAGCAGAGAUUAUGGUAAACCUCCCCUUGCAAAAGUUGUCAGCCAAACACCUAAGAAUGAGAAAUCUAAGCUUGAAGAAAAAUUUAAGUCUUCCAAAAAGAGAAAAUUCACUGACAUGGUCAGCUUACAAGGUGACUCAGAACAGAAAUAAAGAGUCGAAUGAUGGCCCAAUCACCGAAAGAAAAGAAUACCAUUCUGCUAUGGGAAGUGCUAAAAAUUCAUUCAGGAAACUAAUACUUGGUACAAAUGAUGAGGCUUCUCCUCCACCUCAUGAAUCAAGUUCAGAAAAUGAGGCCUCUUUGAUGCAUGGACUGCCUGCUUCGAUGAAGAAGAUAAGGGGAAUGUCCAUGGAUAGAUCAAGACAAAUGGCUUUACCUCCUACUCCAAAGAAGAUCAUCAGAGCUCCAAAUACCACAAACAUGGAAAAAGACGAAUCUGGCAGCGAUGUAGAUUUUGAUUUAAAAUUCUUCAACAAAAAGGCACUUCAAUCUGGAGGUUCACUACCUAGAAUCUCAGCCUAUGAGAGAGCAGCUAAUCAUAAAAAGGCGAAUAGGACAUCUUCUUUCACAAAGUACCAGUCUCCAAACCCAUUCAGGCCUCCAGUGGAUUCUAACAGAUCAUUGAAUGAACGAAAUUCUUCCUUCGAGGAAAUCCCGAGAGCUAACCUGGUUCAAAGAAGAGAUUUUAAAGAGCCAGAAGGCUCUUAUCAGCCUUCUGAACAUCUAGAAGGGGUCAAGACUCCUAGCCUUCGUGAAACAAUUAGUAGGAGCGUACCAAGAAUGAGAAAUCAAGAGAUCAUCAAAAGGAAAGAAACCUUUGGAGAUAGUCAUGCUAAAAAGGAAUCAGGAAGUUCCUAUAGAAGGGAUCAAGUAAUGCUAGAACAUCAGAGAAAAGCUCUUGGAAGGGGUGAUAAGUUCAAUGACUCUCAAUAUAUUGGAGAAGAUGUAUCAAAUUACCAGCCAAACGAGGUUCCUUUGAGUUUUGAAAGAUCUAAGCCAAAACAACCUUCUGUAUUUAAUUAUAAUUCACAAGCAAGACCUGAAAAUGAUAGACUUCCUCAACUUAGUCGAAGAGAUAGCUUAACUGGAUCUAAAGUCUUAACUAAGAAGCAGCAAGAAGUGGCCACCCUUAUCUCUGAGAAAGCACAAAAUCCGUCAACCAAGAAUAUUGAGCCAAGAAGGGUCAUUGAUCCAAUUUACUUUCAGAAAAACAAGGAAGAAAACAAGAAAUCCCAACAAAAGAUCCCUAUCAGAAAGCGGAGCACUAGCUUGACUAACUUAAGUCACAAUAUUGCGAAUGAGUCUGUGAAGUCUUAUAAAUUGCCAACAAAGCCAAAAUUUCAACCAAGAGAAGUUCCUAAAAACAGUAAUUUACAGCUAAAUGUCCCAAAUUAUGAAUCAGAAAUGCUUAAGGAGCCAAGUGAGCAUUUCGGCUCUGUAGAUUAUAAUGACCCUUAUGUAGUCCACGAGAGACUCAAACGGAACAUGAUGCUGUAUGUAGAUACUGACCCUAACAAUCUGAACUCUACUCCACUAGAGCAACGGCUUGAUGCUGAGCUAAAGACUAUCACACCUGCCAAGAUGGGGUCUUCGAAUCAUCCUUUCAUUGAUCCAAAAUACAGCUUAGAGUCUUCAAGACCGAUCCCGAUAGAGACGAAGAAGAGUAUUGUUUCUGAAGCUUCUGACUUUAUAAAAUAUUACGAGAAUAUGAAGAACAAGGAAAAUAUCUACAAUGACCAAUUAGACGAAAGUCUAGAUGACUUCGUACUCUACUUGAAAGGACUGAAGAACAAGUUCUUGGAAGACCUAGUGCUGAAGAAGAUUGAAAUGGUCGAAGACGAAGCCAAGCAGAAGAAGUUACUCCAGAGUUACCCACAGAGACAGUCGCUUAAUAUCAGCCAGGACUCCACACCCAGAAGUAAUAGAGUCUUGUUACAAGAGAGCGAUUAUGAGAAUUUGAGGGAUUUUGAAAAAGAAGUUAAUAAAGCCGUUAGUGAAGAGCAAAUACAACCAGUUGGAUCUAUUACAAUCCUGAAAGAACCAACGGAGAAUGGAGUCACAGCUCUUGAUGUCGAUCAUCUCAAUAAUUCAGGGAUUAACCAAGAUUUACUAGUGUCUGAAUCUGAUAAAGCUUCAAGCGAGAAAAAGUCAACCAAAUAAAUCAGAUGGGUUGAAGCUUAUACCUCUCAAACUUCCUAGCCAGCACUCUCAGAGCAGGAGUUCUUAUGAUUCUGUUAGUGCUGAAAACAAAGAGGAAAGUAAAACAAGUCAGCAAAAUAUCGCACCUAAUCCGGCUCCUAUCCAACUCCCAGUCUUAGAUAAAAACGAAGAAGAUGUUGGUGAUAUUGAGUCAGUAUCAGCUGCAUCAUUUUCACACAACCAAACAAGGAAGAGCACAAAUCUGAAAGAUCCUCCAAAAGGAAACAUGUUCUUAGAUUCUCCUGCUGAGCCACCCCAACAAAAUCUACUCAUGAACCAUGUAUCAGAGGAAGUCAAAUUGCCACUAGAGACUUCAGUUGAGAAAACAUCAAUAAACAAGCUGAGCAUCCCUGAAGACCAAAAGCCCCUACAGAUGAGAGACUCUGUCACUCCACCAUUAGAAUCCGGCAGGUCGUCGAAAAUGUCGAACAAGCCGCCAAAAUACCCAUCCCAAAUAACAAAGCAAAUCCAAGAAGAAGUACACAAAAAUGGCCUUGGAGGAAUAGAAGAGCUUCUAAACCAGAUCUUAGAUAAGGAGAAGGCGACCAAUGAGUUGCUUAAGAAAGACUCUAAGAUACAAACUUUCCUAGAAGAUAAUAAGUCUAAUAACUCUAACACUUCGUUCAUGAAAAUGGGAACUAACGAUCGGCAGGGGCAGCGCAGAGCCUCAAAACGAAGAAGUGUCAAUAAGAGUCCAGGCUCAGGUUAUGAUCUUGACGGACAAGACUCAUUCAGAUCAGAUAUUAAUUCUGUCACAGAGACAGUCUCAGAUACAUCGAAUAACGAGAGUAAGAAAGGACCAACAGAUAUGUUUAAGAAGUUUGCCAUGGAAAUGGCUAAUGAGUAGGCUAAGUACCUUUCCCAAUAGAGUAUUAAGCUCUGUAUUUCACAACCAUUU